AUGCUCCCCUGUAUUGCUCGCAUCGUCGAUAUGCUAGCCUCCACAUCUCCGUGCACCACUACCACCGACGACUCGCUUGAUUCCACCGUGUCACUCGCCAUGAACAUGGAUCUAGACCAUCUCAUAGACCUGCCCGACAUCUCGCCCUUUUCCCCAUCCUCAUCCCCUUCUCCGUCCAACCCUAUGAUUCAGACCCCUGUCCCGGUUCCCAUCCCGGUCCCUAUCGCGGUCCCAGUCUCCGCCGCUUCCCCAAUCCCAGCUGCCUCUUCCCCUCUCGUCAUCCGAUUCCCCAGUCCCCGGACCUCUCCCACCGGACCACUCCUACCCCAAUCCCAGCCCCAACCCCAGCUCCAGAUCCAGCUCGCCCCAUCCCCACCCCCAGUCCCAGUCCCAGUCCCAAUCCCAACCAAGCCCAAAAAAACCGUGACCUGGGGCCCGGUGAUCGAAAUCUCCGACGAGGAAGACCACCACCACCACCACCACCACCACCACCACCAUCACCAUGAAGAUGACCCCGAUGGGGAAUACGAGGACGACGACCAGGCAGCGUACUAUUCCGCAGCCGAAGAAGAAGAAGAAGCGUCCUGGACCGAGAUGGUCCCGGAAUCUGCUUAUGCGUAUGCCACUCCAGCCCUAACGCCGUAUUCAGGGCACGGGCACGGGCACGAGCACGGGCAAGGUCCGGUGGAGUAUCAGCAGCAUUAUUACAAUCACGGGUAUGGGUAUGGAUAUGGAUAUGGGUACAAUCCUGGCUACAACCAGGAUUACAAUUACAGUUACAAUUACAACCAUCAGCCUCAGCCUCAGCCGCAACUUCCGUCUCAGCUCCCACUCCAGUCUCAGUCCCAGUCUCAAGCUGUCUUCCCACCUCCACCUCCACCUCCACCUCCAACUCAACCCCCAAUGCAAACCCCAGCACCACCCACCUGGCACACCAACACCAACACCAACCAGCUACAAAACCAACAUACACAUCAACCCCCAAACCCCCCCACCACCCCCCACCCAAUCCGCAAACCAUCCACCCAAACAGACCACGAAACCUUCUACCGCAACCUCUGGCACGCAGCCCGCACCGCCGAACUACAACGAAACAUCGCCUACGGCGCCCUGGAACUCAUCGCGCCCCCCGAAUACCUGAAUCAGGUCAUGAAGGUCGAGGAGUGGUAUCUGUGGAGUGUCGCUGGGGUGCAGGCCAGAGCCGCUCGUCAGACCCUGGGGUCGGGGGCCGGGGUCGGGGCUGGGGCCGGGACCGGGACCGGGCCCUAUGUGGCGGCUAGGAGGGGGCCCGUUAUUGAGGGUCGUGUGGGGAAGAAUACGGCGAAAAACAGAAAAGGGACGGCGGGGGAUCUCGGGCAGGGGUCCCUGCGAAGCGUUGCAUGCGGACCUGGACCCGGGCCCGGACGGGAUUGAGAAGCCGGGGCCAAGCGAGGUUCUGCUGAGCAGAUCCCAGAGCCAUUAU